CCAAAAUAUAAAGCAAUUAAUUGUUUAGUCUAAAAACUCAUCGGUGACUUUUUCUCAGCUGAAUUUUGCAAGGUUAAACUCACAGGUGAAUAAACUUAGGCAUGAGAUUUGGGUUUUGGUAUUCCAUUUUACUUUUAAAGCAUUUCGCAUGCUGUAUAACGGUAUACACAUUUUUUUAUUCAUGAUAGUGAGGUUCUACUAUGAUGUUAAUUCUAGACAACCUGUAUCGAUUCGAUCAACUAUGAAUUAUUUUUAUUCCGCAUAAUCCGUUGUCUCGUGUGUGCGUAGUUAUUGAGGACGCCAAACGUUUCUUCAAGUUUUAAAGUUUCUUAAAAUGGCUCGGAAACGCACUACUGCAUCAAAAAAACGUGUGCUUCAGCUGUCCAACGAAAGAAACUCUGAGUUUCUUUUAAACGAGAUUCCAGAAUCAAGGAAAUCAUCAAGAUCCUGCAUGUUGAGUGGCGAGCCUGACAGCAAAAAACCUUCACUUAGCAAAGGAAUGCAAAACGACGUUAAGUCUGGGGAGGAUGAACCACAACCUGGUCCAAGCAAACCUCGAGAAUCUAGAGUUGAGCAAACUGCUACCGAUUUUGAAGAGACUUCGGGUGAAUCUGAUAUCGAAAACGAUCUGUAUGGUUGUAAUGAUGACGACGACGAUGAAUUGGAGGAAACCAUGAACGGAUUGACCUCUGACCAGCAAAUGAAAAUUAAUUCAGAAUGUUCCUGUGAUUUGACAGAGGAAGUGGCAAAACUGAAAGCUGAAAAUCAUAAAUUUCGGAAGCAGAACAAUUUCCUGAAAAAACGGAAAAUCAAUCUUGAGAGGUCGCAUUCCAAGCUGCAACAGGCUUUGGUGUCAAAGUUGCUGCCUUCGACUCAUAAGCCUUUUAAGAAAAUCAAUGGAUUUUCUGAAUGUCCGACCGCUGACAUGAUAUUAAAGAUGUCCAUGGUAGCAAAGGACAGUGACUAUAUCUUUGUCAAGCUGCUCAUGUAUGCCAUAUGGCCUGAAGGAUUCGCAGGAAGGUCAGUUACAGGACGUACAUCGAAUAAUCCAAAAGGCCGUGGAAAAAAAAACCAGCAACCAAUCGAUGAUGAUCCAACAGAUGCUAAUAACAACACAAUCCCUGGUCGUACUGUGCUGGAAGUAAACAAAGUGAAGUUUGUCAAUGGUAAUGUAUGA